AUGUCUCCUACAGGAGUUACUCGCUCGGAAUCAGCCAUUGAAAACGACCCUCUUGACAAGGGCAUGAUUGAAAGUCCACCACAAAUCGACCCAACUUCCCGACCUCUGACCCCCCUUUCACUUUUCGGCCCUAUCUUAAAUCCCACAAGCCUCACCUUGCCAUGCUCGGAUAACCCUGUACCCCCAAUUAUCACUCGGUGUACGCACUGCUGGCGGAGAGAUCAUGCAACCGAGAGCUCAGAAUGCGAGUUUCAACGACUACGAGCCCACUGGAUGGCUGAAAAGGAGAGGGCUUCUAACGAAGUCAGUCGCUUGGAAAGUCGAAAUGUGACCCUUGCAGCUAAUUAUGCUCAAGUUCGGGCUGCACAGGAUGAACUCAUCGCUCGAGUUCAAUACUUGGAGUAUGAAGUUGGUCUUCUUCGAUCAGCGAACACCCAGCUUCAUACCAAUAUUAUGCAGCUGACGUCUAAAAAUCCUGCUGGCUCAAGCUCACACUUUUAG